AUGGAUUCACAGGACCAGCUCCGCGCCAUGGUAGAGCAGAACCCAGGCAUGUUGCGUAUCGUCGACUUUGACAACUUUCUCUCAGCUCCCAAGCUUGAUGCUCAGGCGCAGUCUGCCUUGCUACGCCCCAAUGAGAAGCUCAGUGCUGCUCUCCAGCGGUCGGCCGCCGAAGGCCUCCCGCCCAUCAGCGUGGUGCCUCUAGCCGGCCAGUACCUGUCCAUCCUGACCCGCGUCAUGGGGGCCAAGAAUGUGCUCGAGGUUGGCACUCUUGGUGGCUAUUCCUCCAUUUGCUUUGCGCAGGCGGGCGCCAAGGUCACCAGCAUCGAGAUUGACGCCAAACACCGCGACGUGGCUCUGCAAAACGUCAAAGGUCUCGACGUCGAGGUCAUCCUCGGCUCGUCGACGGACAUUCUACCGAAACUAGUGGACGAGGGCCGCAAAUUUGAUAUUGUAUUUGUCGACGCUGAUAUGAUUGGUAUGGGAGAGCAGUUUGACUGGGCUGUCAAGCUCACCCGCCCUAACGGAUGCAUCUUUUUGGACGACGUGGUUGCCUCCAUGUUCAAGGACGGUCAGGUUGGCAAGGAUGGUGAAGAAAAUAUUCUGACAAAAAUCGGCAAAGACGAAAGAGUGCAGGCCACGCUUGUGCCUAUUGUCACUUGCCAUGCAAUGAUGCCGACUCCAAUUUUCAAUGGCUUUAUUUUCGGUACUGUUAAGUCUGAAGGCGGCGCGUGA